GUCGUCACUCCCUUCAACAACAACCAAUCUAAGCCUGGCUUAAUGACCUCAUAAUCUCAGCCUAUAUCUACCUGAAAUAAGGUGACACGUACUCACAGGUAGCUGGGAAAAGGGCUUGCUACUCAAGAAGAAAUCCAAAAGGACAUUUAUUAACUAAAUCUGUAUUGGCCGUCUAAUCAUUAUGUCAGCAAAAAAGUUAACGGAUGGCUCCAGCGGCAAGACAGACUUAACAGCAAUGCCUGUUAGUAGGAACAGAGUUCAUCUGGGUGCCCUGGCAGGGUUUAUCUUGUUCGUCAUGGCAGGAGUUGUUGGUGUCUGUGUCGUCGCCCAUAUAACAGGAGGCACUAAAGAAAUGGACAGUAGAUGUGAUCCUGAGACUAUUUUAAGUGGGCAGAGGUCUGAGUGCUUGAGGCUCGCCACUCAAGGACAAAAAGAAUUGUGUGAACACUGCCCGGCUUCUAAGCCUCACAGAAAGCGAUCUAUCCAGCAACGAUCAGUGGUUUGCCUGCCUGGACAGAUUGCAACCGAUACCACAAACAUUACAACCACAAACGCUACACCCACGGAGAAGCCGAAAUUGACGAACUAUCGGCUCCCUACCUCCCUGUACCCUACCCAUUACAAUAUAGAGAUACAGACCUACAUAAUCGGUCAUAAUGUAUCAAAUUUCUUCUUUAAGGGAUCUGUCAAAAUUUGGUUACGGUGUGACCAGCCUUCUGACAACGUCACGCUUCACCUCAAUGGACUCGAAGUGGACGAAUCAUCUCUUCUUUUUUAUGGCGAUGGCUCAGGAUUCAAUGUACCAAAGUACACGAAUUGGUCACUAGAUACAGACAGAGAGUUCUUUAUACUUAGCCUUGAUGGGUACACAGAGGUUGGCAAAACGUAUAUUAUAGAAAUAAGCUACACGUCGCCUAUAAAAAAAAACAUGAAGGGGCUGUAUCUCAGUUCUUACCAAAGAAUUAACCAGACUGUCUAUCUGGCUGCAACUCAAUUUCAACCCACUGAUGCCAGAAAGGCGUUCCCAUGUUUUGAUGAGCCAGCCAUAAAGUCUACCUUCAAUGUGACUCUAGUUAGACCAAGCAAUAUGACGUCAUUAUCCAAUAUGCCAAUCAUUAACAACGCAACAACAUUUACGGAGGACGGCGUAAAGUAUGUUAAAGAUGUGUUUGCUCAGUCCAAAAUAAUGUCAGCCUACUUAGUGGCGUUUGUUGUAUCCGACUUUUCACAUCUUCAACGUACACUUAGGAAUGGAGUUCUGUUCAGAACUUGGUCAAGACCGGAAGUAAUCGCAACUACUGAGUUUUCUUUGGAUAUUGGUACUAAAAUGUUCCUCUACUUUGAAGAGUUCUUCGAUGUUAAAUAUCCAAUGCCUAAACUAGAUAUGAUCCCCAUACCAGAUUUUCCUGGAGGUGGCAUGGAAAACUGGGGACUAAUUACCUACAAAGAGAAAACAAUGCUCUACAAAGAGAAAGUGACUGAAGCAAGUGAACACUUCAACGUGGCUGUUACUGUGGCCCAUGAGCUGGCACACAUGUGGUUUGGAAACCUCGUCACAUUGAAAUGGUGGGAUGACUUAUGGCUGAAUGAAGGCUUUGCGUUUUUUGUCAUGUUCCUAGGCGUGGACUAUGCAAAACCAGAGUGGAAAGUUUUUGAUAGAUUUUCUCUCCAUAUGCAAGACGCUUUUGCUUUAGAUGGUCUGGUCUCCUCUCAUCCGUUGUAUGUUCCAGUUGGACAUCCAAAUGAAGUCCAUGCAAUAUUUGAUACUAUAUCGUACAAGAAGGGAGGUUCAGUAAUCCAGAUGAUGAGAUACUUCUUGGGAUAUGAAACUUUUAGAAAAGGAAUGAAUUUGUACCUAACAAGCAAGCAGUAUUCAAAUGCGUCUCAUAAUGACCUUUGGGCAGCUCUUACAGAGCAAGUCAAGCGUGAUAACAAAAACAUAAAUGUGAAAGAGGUGAUGGACACUUGGAUUCUACAAAUGAACUAUCCUCUAGUUACAGUUACACGUGACUGCCUUAGCGAGAACAGUCUCGUAGUAAGACAAGAGAGAUUCCUACUGAAUCGUAAUGCAACAGAGACAGGAAAAUAUACUUCCCCAUUUAAUUACAAAUGGACCAUUCCAUUGACGUUUGCAAGUAGUUCAACCCUAAACUUUAAGCAGACAGAUAGAGAUGUUUACUGGCUAGGGAAAAAUGAGACUUCAAAGGUUAUCCCAUACAGUGAUAUGCCGCCAGAGUCUAACACUUCGUGGUUCAUCUGUAACGUCAAUUUUACUGGAUUUUAUAGAGUUAAUUAUGAAUUAGAAAAUUGGAACGCUCUGGCCUGGCAACUGAAGACAGAUCAUACGGUUAUACCAGUCACAAACAGAGCUCAACUCAUCAGUGAUGCCUGGAACUUGUUAAAAUCGGAUAACUUAGAUUUAGAAACUGUUUUCUCAAUCAUGGACUACCUUAGAAAUGAAAGAGAGUAUGUCCCCUGGACUGUUACGAGAUUGGAAAUGAAUUACAUUAGUCAAAUGCUAAUAUCGAGUUCUGCAUUUCGAAGCUUCCAGGCAUUUAUGCAGAAGCUAUUAAAAGAUUCCUUUCAGUAUUAUGGAAUGGACAACUCUGGAAACUCUGUUCCAAACAAUGAAGUCAUACUAGCUAGAGCAACCAUAGCAUAUCUGGCUUGUAGAAAUGGAAUUCAAGAAUGUCUUGAUGCUAGCAAACGUCUUUUCAAGGCAUGGAUGGAUAAUCCCCAAAAUAAUUUAAUUGAAACCGACUUAAAACCGACUGUGUACUGUUAUGCCAUCCAUGCUAGUGGAGUCCAAGAAUGGGAUUUUGCUUAUAAGAUGUACAAGGAGACCAAUGAAACCGCAGAAAAAAACUUACUUCUGGGAGGACUAUCCUGUUCACUUUAUCCAUGGAUUCUCAACAGUUUUAUGAAUGAUAUACUGAUAGAGAAUUCUCCUAUACCAACCCAUGACGCUCUUCGCGUCUUAACACUUGUUGCUCAAAACCCAAGUGGAAAACCAUUGGCUUGGCUUUUCUUCAGAGAAAACUUUCAGAAAUUGACUAAGAAAUUUGGCCAGCAUAUGUUCACCUGGGCAAAUGCAAUAGACACAAUCACCAAGUUUUUUAACACAAACACUGAACUUUCAGAGCUCAAGAUGUUUAAAGCCAGCCAUGAAGGCCAGUUUGGAAAUGGAGAGAGCGCCAUCAAGCAGGCUGUUGAGAAGGUCGAGGCUAAUGUGGAAUGGAUGGGCAAGAAUCUCGAUCGUAUUAGUACUUUGUUGUCUGCCUAUGCUAAUUAAAUACAAAUAAAUUUUUAAAAAUUAUAA